UUGAUGCUUCCUGCACUAAGCAGAUAUAAGAUGCUGCAUGGAGUGUGACGUUGCUUUAUUUUGGGGUGGACCUUGGGACAGUAUGGAGGGUGCCAGUUAGUCGGUUCUUUCUGUUGUGCUUUCAUGGAGUGUUCUGCCCCUUUGGAGUGACCACGCGUGUAAGGUGGGCAGUGAGGUAUGUUGGUCUCCUUUUGAAGUGCUUUGAGUUAGAGAAUUGUCCUGACCGAGUGCAAAAAGGAGGGUCUCUUGUCACGGGGAGGACUUGCUCUGCUCUUCAUGGACAGCUCCCUUCUUAAAAGGAAGUAUUCAGACACCCUGGUGAGGGCUCCCAAAACCAAGUUUAAAUAAGCCCUGUACUGACAAAAAUCUUUGUCUUGAUUCGGAUGAGCUGCAUCCAGAUCCAUAGCCUUACCCAGUGAAGAAUGCUGGGGGUUCCCAUACUAAUUCCUUCCCUGCACAGUGAAUCCUUUUAACUACAAUCUCUGUCUCUAGGAAACAUUCUGCUGAUGUUUCAGAGAUUGUGAUUUGCCUGCCUUAGUCAAGAAGCCACUCUGGGUAAACUGUUCUUUCCCUCCUAAUGUUGUGUUGAGGGAAGAAUAGUAAAACAUUGGGAGUUUAACACUUCCUGUUCAGCAGGAGUUGGGGGGAAUACUGGUUAGUUCACAUCAAUUAAGAAAGCCAGUACUGCUUGGUAUUUGGAAGAGCUGUCUCUAACGCUGCUUUGGGUCUGCAGAGUUCAGCAAACUCAAGUUACUAACUCACUGGUGCUUGGGAAUGUAAUUUUUCACACAUGCUCCUGAGCCGAGUGGAUGCUGCAGACUAACCUGUGCUAAAGAAAGCAGUUGACCAUGGGUCACGCAGAGAAGAUAUGCCUUUAAUAUGAGUCAUGACAGACAAAGCAGCAGCAGUGCUACAGCAGGAAUUGGUAGAAAGUUUAAUUUAGGUUUGCAGUCCUGCCUGUCGACAUCAGCCUUGUUCUGGAGCUGGAAGGGAAGGAGAGGCAUGUCCAAGCUGCCUUGCAGAAAGAGGCAUCUACAUCUACGAAAUCUUUUGUAGAUUGCUACCUGGGUGUUUGCUCCAAAUGUGCCACUUGUGGUCGCUCUCAAGCGGCAUUUUGCGCUCUUCCCUCAGUUAAUUCUUUAGCUGCAGCCUCAAAUUUCUGAUGCCUCAUGCCCCUUCCCUUUAGGGGCAUGUUGUAUUACUUGAGAAAAGCCAAUGUGGUUUAAGAUGCGACUGCCCAUUUCCCCCUUUAUCCCCCUCCUCUGUAUUAAGACUGUGUCGCCAGGACUUACCAUGCGAGUGCUCCCUGAUUCAUAUUUACGCAGCAUUAGCCAGGUCAGCUCGGAUCACUUUCUCCAGCGUUUUGAACCAGCCUGUCUGAUGCUUAGCUUGUUCCACUAGCAGGUCAUUAAUCGCCAGCUGAGGGGCAGUAACUGCUUAUACUGUUCUAACUCAUUGUGCUUAUGGAUACCCUGCUAUCCUGAGGGUCUAAGAGAGUUGUAGCGGGUCAGGUCUUUUCCACUCAAAGUGAGCUACCGGUGCUUUAAAGGCUGCAGCUUUCACUGAAAACUCCCAUAUCAGGUUUUUGCAUUUCUCUGAGCUGGACACGGUGAAUAAGAUUUGGUUAAAACAGUAACAUCUGAAAGCAUCUCCUCCUGUUUUAAUAACCCGUUCUGGGGUUGGAACUUGUCUGUUCAUACCUAUGGUGUCUGUGGCGUGCCAGCACUGCAAUACUUGAAUUGCUGUGCAUUUGCUUAGUGUCAUUUCCUUAUCCUGUGCCUAACUGUAAUGAGGAGCACAGGUAUUAGACCUUGCCCAGACAGCCUUCUGUUGGUGACAGCUUGGGCAUUCACUGCUUUUCCUUGCCCGUUCCCAUCUGGAUUCAAGCCACCUUCCCAUCCGAAGAGCGUGCAGUGUUGCUUGUGGCAAUGUGGGUAAUAGCCAGGCUGGGUGGACUUGUGCUGAAGUGUGCAGUGGAUGUGUUUUUGCUCCAUCUGGCAGGAUGUGGGCUCAGAAAUUCAGAUAAGCAAGAGGCAUCUUUAGGAUUGAGAAAAACAGGCAGCGUGCAUAGCAGAGGAAAACCCUGGAGAAAGACCCAAGUGCUGUUUUCUUUUGAGGAGCAGGGAGGGAAACAAGUGUCAGAUCCAUCCUGUAUCUUGCCAGGAAGAGCUAGAGCUGGAAUUCGUCAGGUUUUUGCUGCAACGAAUAUAGCUGCUGGCUUGCUGGAGCUCAGAGACACCUCAGGCUUGAGAAUGGAGCUGUAUUUUUGCUUGGAGAGUUUUUUGGGCCUGUGAUGACCAAGUACUAGUGUUUUCCCCAGUAACUUCCUUCCCUGAAUGAGCAGGAGGAGAAGCCCACAGCACCCUGAGCAAGUGAGGGAGACUACUUGGACGGGUCUGUUAAGGAGGGUGAGUCUAGGUGGACCGCUGCUCACAUUGCAGCCUCUUCCCCAUCAGCUCAUCUGGAUGCUUCUGUGGCGCCAAACAGCUGGGUUUUUAAAAAAUUAAACAGGAAGAGCUGCCCACAGGAUUGGUGCAAGCUACACACAUGAGCUGCUGUCCAGGGGGUAGGGUUCUUUUGGAGGUGAAUGGGAUUUUCUUGCCGCCUCCUUCCUUUGCAGCCCCAGGUUUCCAGGUGGUCGGGGCAGAUGGUGAAGCAGGCUCUGUCUGUGGCUCAUCGGUGUUUCCUGGACUGCCAUGGCUCCUGGCGAACCAAGCUGCAGCUGGAGCCAGCUGUUUACCCAAAGUGAGGACACAAACUGCCCUCGGCAGACACGUGGCUUGGAGUAGAAGGGCUUGCUUCGUCAAGCAGACACUUUCUGUGCUGUUGAAACGUCCAUCAGCCCUGAAAGUGCUUAUGACAGGAGCUGGGGGAGGAGGAACAUCCUCCUCACUCUUGGAUAGCUCAGCAUCAAGUUUUCUGUCCUAAAAAUAAUAAUAAUAAAAAAAGAAGCUGGGUUUUAUCAGCUCAAUGCCAGACAGGGUAGAAGGCAGAUUGUGGUGGGUGAAGUGGCUGAUGCACAUAGCAGUUAUUAAUGUGUAAUUACUGCACUGAGACAAGAAGACAGGGAACAUGAUUUGCUUGCUUGCCUUAGUGCUGUUUGUGCUGCACUUGAUUCACUGGGUCAAACCAGGCCAUCAGUCUUAAAUUGUUUACUGCACAGGAAAAAGGCUCCUCCAGGCCAGUUGGCAGCAGCCCUGGACAACCCUCCCUGCUGCCCUAAACCUCUGUAGAAGUUCUCUGCUUUGGUGUAAUAAAAACACUCCUGUAGUUCUUGUUACCUGAAGUAGUUAAUGAAACAAAGCUGUUCUAACAUUCGCACUGAAACACGGUUCUUCCUAUAAAUUCAUGCAAAGCAAAAACCAUUUUUCAAGCCAGUCCUGUAAGUUUAAAAUGGGUUAUUGUGGCCUUCUGAGUUGGCCAUGAAUAUCGUUGUAAGGCAAGUGUAGUAUCAUCUUGCCCUCCUUAUAGAAAUAAUCUGCACCCUGUUGUUCCUGCCCAAAAUACCAGCUUGUGUGUAAUGCCUUCACGUGAAGGUUACUGGUCAUGUCAGGAAAGUAUACGGACAAAUUCAAUGUCUGCCUCUGUAAGGACUGGAGGCAAGUAGCAUCUCUCAGCUUUCCUUGAGAGGAGAUUGUUCUGUAAUAGGCAUUUUCUCCUGCUUGCUGAAGAUGUUCCUACUUGUCCUUCAUUUUUGGUGGGACUGAAGGUGCACCUCUCUCUGAGAUGGCAAGUGGAGAAGCCUCACCUGCUGCAGUAGGCUUUGAGGGGCACUUUGAAGCAGCUUUUGGGCACUGCUGCAACAGCUGCUUACUGAGAAUUCUUAAGGCUGUUACUGACCUAAUAACGCUGCCAGAUCUCCUGAGCUGGUGUGGUCUGUGUGCUUUGCCCGUGCUCUCUCAGUGGCUGUUUUUAAGGGUGCUUGACUCUGGAGACAAGUUUGUCUAUACAAGGCAGGGAGAUUACUUCAAAAUACUCCUGUUUCCCUGUUCCUUACUGCCUUUCUGCCCGCCCUUAUUUCCUGUUGCUUUGCAGUCUGAGGCAUCAAGUACAUUUUUGGUAACUGGAGAUGGCAGAUACUUUAUUUGGUUUUAGCUCUGGGUAUAUCAUAUGAUUUGCAUUAAUGGGACCGUGUUACAAAAGUUUUCUGGGAAUUCCUGGUGAGGUAUCUGGUUGUGUAAAGUCCUGGAAACUAACUCCUGCCCCUGCACCAGGGCCAGAAGCAGGGCUGCAGAGAACAACAUACAUUUGUGCGAGCUUGUGGGAGGCCUCAGUUGAGAACUGCCUGGCUGUGGUCAGAUGUAACCAGCUUUCCUUAGGAAACGCAGUUGUGGGUAGUAUGGUGCUGCACCGAUACAGACACAUCCUGGGAUUAUGGCAGCCGGACAUCGGGCCCUAUGGGGGGCUGCUGAACGUGGUGGUUGAUGGCUUGUUCAUCAUCGGGUGGAUGUACUUGCCACCUCAUGACCCCCAUGUUGAUGAUCCGAUGAGAUUCAAACCUCUCUUCAGGAUUCAUCUCAUGGAGAGGAAAUGUGCAACAGUUGAGUGUAUGUAUGGUCAUAAGGGACCUCAUAACGGCCAUAUCCAGAUUGUAAAGAAGGAUGAGUUCUCCACCAAAUGCAACCAGACGGAUCACCAUCGAAUGUCAGGGGGAAGGCAAGAGGAAUUCCGGACGUGGCUAAGGGAAGAGUGGGGUCGGACUCUGGAAGACAUCUUCCAUGAACACAUGCAAGAGCUCAUCUUGAUGAAGUUCAUCUACACCAGCCAAUAUGACAACUGCUUGACGUACCGACGCAUCUACCUCCCUCCUAGCAGCCCUGAUGACCUUAUAAAGCCAGGUCUCUUCAAAGGAACAUAUGGGAGCCAUGGGCUGGAGAUUGUCAUGUUGAGCUUUCAUGGAAGGAAAGCGAAGGGGACUAAGAUCACCGGAGAUCCCAACAUCCCAGCUGGGCAGCAGACAGUGGAAAUUGACCUGGCGCACCCUCUGCAGCUACCCGACGUUGAGAACCUUCAUGAUUUCAGUGAGCUCUCUCGCAUCGUCCUGGAGGUCCAGGAGCAGGUGCGUCGGGAGGAACAGGAGAAGGAACACCGGCAGGAGGAAGAGGACCGCUCCCAGCAGGCUGCCUCCCAGCCUGCUGCAAAGCCCCUGGGAGGAGAAGGUGCCGAGGGGGAAGAAACUGCAGCUGGGGCAGAGGGAACAACCCAGGACAAGGCACCAGCUUCCCAGUCCUUCGUGCUGCCCAUGGGAGUCAUAUCAAGGAAUGAAGACUAUCCCCGGACCUGCCGAAUUUGUUUUUAUGGGACGGGGCUUAUCGCUGGCCAUGGCUUCACCAGCCCUGAGCGAACACCAGGUGUUUUUGUUCUCUUUGAUGACGAUCGCUUUGGAUUCAUCUGGCUGGAGCUGAAGUCAUUCAGUCUUUACAGCCGGAUCAAAGUCUCCUUCCAGAAUGCCGAAGCGCCUUCCCGUGAGGCUUUUGAUGAAAUGCUGAAGAACAUUCAGUCGUUGGCUACUUGACGGGUGAUCUGUGAUGGACAGGGCUAGGGGUUGCAAAGGCUGCUGCACUCCCCAGCCAGGGCUGGGAUGGGGCGUCCUUGCUCUCGGUACCUCUGAAUAAAAGCAUGCACUUUUAAUACAGCCUUUUUACCCCAAAUGUACACAUCCCGGUUAAAAAAAAAAAUCCAUGACUGCCCUUUCCUCCCUGCCGCUCCACACUGCUCCCUAGCAGUCCUUGUUACCCAGUCUGUAACGUAGCUUUGUAUAGCUGAAGGGAUCCUGGAGAGGAGGAAACAGACAUUUCUGAUUUGCAAAAAGAAUGUAUUGGAACAAAAGUAACUCAAGGUCAGAGCUGGAUCAGAAGAACAUCUAACUGACUGGAUGGACACAAGCCCUCUGCUUUGACCGUUAGCAGUCUCCUGGGGAAAGAGCUCUUCUUCAGGCAAGGGACUCAUUUAAGCCUUUGCUGCGCUCUAGACCUCCUGGGAGACUUGCUUUACCCUCCUGAAAUCAGCACGGUCGCCUGCUGCAGGCUGAGUGGCUGCUUAAUGAUAAAUUGCAUCAGCAGUGACAAAGCAUGUCCUCCUCUCCAGAAACCUUUCUCUGUUGGGUGCAGCAUUGUCAAGAGAGGCUGGUGUAACAGUUGCAUCCCUGGCUUAGUAAUUGGAGUGAGUGGUUUACUUUUGAGAAAUUCCCUCAGCUUGGCAGCAAGGGGAGGAUUCCCACUGUAAAUGACAGUGUAUGUAGUGUUGCCCUGGCUUCUGGAGCUUGAUGGAUGUGCUGUCCCUUGGGCUCCAGGUCUGGGUGUCUCCCUGAGCCUAGAGAAAAUGAUUCUUUUUUUCAUAUAGGAGCUGGGUAUGGAACUGGAAAUGAGUGUGAACUGCAGGAGCUGGUGCAUUCAAACCGGUUUUGUACCGGGAAGAUUCACCUCAGAUCUUUUAAAGUGGGUCUGCAAAUGUAAAGGAAGGAGAGGAAAGAAAACCAGCUGCAGUCUGCUGACUCCUGUCUGUGAUGGGCAGCAGAAGGUGCCAUAUGUUGCUGGUACUGAUGUGACCCCAGUUAUUUGUCAUUCUUGUAUCAGGUAGCCCCGCACAGUCUGAAGGAACAAUGAGGGAUUCUCCUAACAUCGCUGUGGUUGGUUCUGGCACCUUUUAGGGUUGGUGCUGACAGGUGGGUGCUGCUGCUCCACUCACAGGACCUUUCUGUUCCCUUUCUAGUUAUACUUGUUUCAUUUCAGAUAACGGCUGCUUCCACAGAAAGCUCCUGGGCCUGAUUUAUUUCCAUGAUAACUGCACUCUGUGUGGCAGAUCUGAGCUCUGCUGGGGAGUGUGGGCUGCAGACGAGGAAGCAAAUUCCCCAUAGACUGUUCUGUGCAGGAAAAUCCUGGCCAGUGGUUAUCUACAGACUGUGGGUUGUGCUAUAAACCAUCGGCAUUUGCAUCAGCCUGUGUUAUUAAUCCUGUGUAGGAAGAGGUGAUGGGGAUCCUUGUGCAGAGAGAAGAGCAGUUUGUGAGGAAGCUCUUGGUUACAAGCAGAACACCUCCUUUGUUGCAGUUGGUCUCUGGCUGUCACGAUAAACUCCAGGUUUCUUUUCCCACUACCAGCCAGAUCAGUGUCUAACAAAACUCUGCCUUUACAUCUGCAGGUUUUGGUUUGUAAAUGUGUCUGUACGUGUGUUGUGCUGGGUGGAUUCAGGCCCCUUCUGCGGAGAAGUUUCAGUCGCUGCCUCGUUUCACUGACUGCAAGCAGCUUUUAUUCUCGCAAGGGCUUUUUGCCACCUCUGGCUCUUGAGUGUUCCCUCGAGCUGCAUGAGAACUGAGUCUCCAGCAGAGACUUUGAGCAGAAGGUCUUGUCACUCACAGGAUUAAUUCCUGUCUCUUUGGAUAUAGUUUUACAAACCCCUGGGAAUGUGAAGGUGAUUGAAGGCACUUUUUUUUCUUUGUUUCCUACGGCUUUGUCAGUAGUGGAAAACCUGCCUCAGUGUUAGAGGUGAGGAUCUGAAGUGCUAUUACUGUUCCAGUGAAUAAGCUAUAAAAAGCAGGUUGUUUCUGAGCAGCCUGUUAGAGGUGUUGCUGUCGGCAUCAGCAGAGGGAAGAGUUGACUUGAAUCUCCCCCCCGUUAGGCAGGGCUGGGAGGGAGGAAGGGGAGCAGUUCUCUGAACCUUGGUGUGUGGGCAGAGAGGUGAGCUGAAGCUAAAAUCGGGCAUCUUGGCCCCUGGCUGCAGCUGCUGAGCUGUGUGCAGGAGAGGAUGUGCUUAAUCUUGCAGACGGAGGUUUCCAGCUUGAUGAUGCAGAUUUCUGGAAUACCUAAAGACAUUAGGUAUUCCUUGCAGACUGGGUGGCCAGUUUAUCUUGGAGCUCGCUGUUAGGCUGGUGCAGGCAGUAUGUUGGCUGCUAUGUAUUCUCCCUAGCAGCCUAAACGGAUGGGAGAGGUCCCCUUGAGCAGCUGCUUAAAUUGCUUGUCUCUAAAACCAGCUCUGCUUCAGCUGCCACUGGAUCCUUAGCUCUGACUGUGUGGAUUCCUCAAUUUCUUCAAAGUCCCUACUCACCCGAAAAAAUAAAAGUCCUGAGGUUUUACAUAAUGACUUAAUAGUUUUUGCUUUUUGUUUUCAAAGUAAGAUUGAAAAUCCAGACUGUAUUGAAUGGACUGCAAGCACUUGGCCUGAGACUUGAGCCAUUUUCUUCUAAGUACAGAUGCUGGCUCUGUAGCCGCUCUCCUCCCUGUAACCUGCUCUGUUGGGCUGGCUGAGUAAAGGCAGUGUAGGUACGUGUCACUGCUGUGUCAUACAAUAUUUUUCAUAGUUUUUACGUACAGCUUAAAUUCCUUUUGAUACCAAGAGUCUCCUGGGGGGUGCAAACCCAUGGGUAGCAGGAGCGUUUCGCUCGGUGCUGAGUACAGGUCUGCUUUGUCACUUGAGUGAGGACCCAUUGGCUAGCGGUUGGCACAGGUUGUGUAUCUGCUGUUCUCCAGGCGGAGAUGGUUCUUCUGCUUGUAGCUUGUCCUUUCCAAACCUUUUCAGUGGCAGUGUAAAGGGUGUCCCUUCUGAAGGCAAGACCUGCUUGGCUGGCUGGGGAGAAGGGUUUUGCAGGGGCUUGAUGCUCUGCAGGAACUUUUCACAGCUCGGCUUUGCCCCUGUAGUAGCAUCCUUUUAUUUAUAGUGUACCUGAUUGUGACGUUUUGAGGCCAAUGUGCUAGUCCUGAUUAAAGGCAAAACUGCUGAUACACUGUGGCUUUACUCUGUCUAGAGCAAAGGCAAUGCACAUACCAAAUUUCGUAUUAAUGCUCCUUCCCUGCCGCCUUAAUUUCUGCUCCUCAAAGCCUGGCAGGCUUUUGUGGCAUUUCGGAAGGAAAUUCCUUCUAAUUUGGCUUAGGGUGAAGAAAGCGGUUAAGAUAGUGAAUUUGGAGAGACUUGCUUAAAUGCUCUGGGUGCUCCAGUGCCUUUGCUCGUUCCUUUGUGCAUGGCUACAUCUCUGCUCUCGGAGAAAAGCAGAAUAACGUGGUGAGGAGUUGCAGCUUGAGCUUCUGAGAGCUUUGGGAAAAGGGAACAAAAGCAGUGCAGCCGGGUUUAGCGGCAGGCCGUUUGGAUCUGAGCAUCCCCCAUCCUGCCUUCCCUCGUGGCACCUGUGGGAAGCAGUGCUAACGGUACCGGGGUUUGUUGGAUUUGUUGGUGUUUGGGAUGGGCUGUGCCACCCUCCUGCGCAGUACGUCUCGGUGCAUACCCUGCUUGUUUCCUGAGCCCUGGUUGUCUAGCUUGUUGGGAUAUUUCUGGGAGCUGUUGACAGGGAUAAUGUGUGGUGGUGCCUUGCAGAUGGUGAUAAAUUUCUGGUGCUGACGUGUCCUCCUCCUGUUCGCUCUGUAGAAAAUCUUGGGGACAAUUGGCUUUAUUUCUUGAUCCCAGAUGGAUGGAAAGAGCUGAGGAAGAUGGAAAACAACUUGUCAGGGGUAGGAAUACUGUCUUGGCAGAAGCCUUUUGGAAUAAACAAAGCGCUUGCAAUUAGGAUGCAGAGCAGCACUGCCCCAGUAGCCGCAGCAAGACCUAGGGCUUAAUUCUAGCUCAGGAGCAAUAAGCACUGCUUACGUGCCUGGGCCGUGUUGUGCUCCUACAUCAUGCUUUCUGUGUUGUCAGAACACAUGGGUUUGGCCAGCUGGAAAACAGAAGCAUCAAAGAUCCUCACCCAGCCAGUUUGUUUGCCUUGGGCCUGUUUUCAUAGCUAUAAAUGUGCUGUGAGCAGGCGUUGUGGUUGUAGGAGACUCACUGCAGUCCACAUGGACUUGUCAGGGUUUUUUUUUUAAUUAUUAUUAUUGAGGAGGAGGAAAAAGGAUGGCAUUACUUGUAACUUUGGUGGUCGGCUUCCCUUUGGAGUGGACAGUGCAGUGCUGCCACAGGUACUCUGGAAUGGGACAGCAAAGGUUGGAUGGUGAUUAUGUUGGGAAACUUGUACUGGGAAGAAAGCAAAUACAUGUGCAAGCGUGCUUGGAGGUGUAAGCUACCAGGAAAAACCCAAAAUGCAGCUGGAUUAAUGUUUACUUUUAAACAAGGUUGACUUUUUAUUACUCUUUAUUAAUUUAAAACUAGUGGAACUUAAUGGAAGUGUUGGGUGUUAUGUGGGAAUGGGCUGUAUAAUCCUGACUUGCUAGUUUAGGAAAUGAUAAUAUAUUAACUCUGUCUUGUAGCUGGUUGCUCACAUGGCCAAUAAUCUUCUGUUGUGUUCAGCUGCCAAAGGAUUGUGUGCUGGCCGCCGUGCCGCGGGCCAGACGGGCAGCAUCACUCACCAGUUGGACAGUGAAAUAGUUGAGAUGUGUGAUCAGGCGGUGGAGUGGAAGAUAAGGUACCAAACUGUGAGUGCCACUGACCUUUUUUGUGUGUGCUGAAUUAAAAUGUAUGAUUCUGGGUUUUGUUUGGAUUGCAGUCUCUUUAAUUUUUGAGGAAAAGAGCACUCAGAUGACUGUGUUCAUUAACUUAAUUGAAGCAAUCUGCACUUUUUUCAUUAAUACUCUUGCUUCCCUUAAGCAGGUGUACCCCGUUUCUGUGUGUAUUUUGCACUCACCACUUUAACAUGACACUGACAGAUUAAUCUGGGCAUCUCCUGUAGGCUCUGAGUGUAAGUAAGUCCCUAUAAAGGACCCUGUGGGGCUUAUUAAUAAUGAAAGUGAAACACCAGAUCCCUGCCUCACACAGAGGGUAGUGCAUAGGAAAAAGGGUGAGCUUUUCUUUUGAAAAUGCCAUUUGACAUCAAACACCUCGGUUUCGUGCCACAAAUAUCCAUGUGGAACACAAGAACUGUAGUUUAAACAACUUGCCUGUAGUUUAUACAACUCUGCUCCCCUGUCUGAGGGAUUUUGUUUGUGGUUUGAGAAGAACAGGCUGUAUAAAAGCCGGACAUAAUUUUUCAACACUUGGCCUGCUUCAUCCCAGGUAUCACAAAGCUGAGCAAAAUGCUUGUAUUACUUUUACACCUGAUCAUUGUUACCCAAGGAGCCUUUUCCAGUUUCAAAUAAUAAAAAGGAAAGUUUUGUGAACGUA